GCCGGUCUCCGACUGGCUAGGGGUGGGACGGUGGGCCGGCCGGGGAGGGCUCGGGACCGGCAGUCGGCUGCGCCCCUGCUUCAGGUGUUGCGGCGGUUCCACGUCGCCAGGCGGCCAGCGGCUUCCGUGAUCCCAGGCUGCCCCCAUCGUUUCGAGCGCCGGCUCUUCGGCUCCCGUGCAGCCAUGGCGGGGCCGGGUCCAGGCCCGGGGGAUCCGGACGAGCAGUACGAUUUCCUGUUCAAGCUGGUGUUGGUGGGCGACGCGAGCGUGGGCAAGACGUGCGUGGUGCAGCGCUUCAAGACAGGUUCCUUCUCUGAGCGUCAGGGCAGCACCAUCGGCGUCGAUUUCACCAUGAAGACGCUGGAGAUCCAGGGCAAGCGGGUCAAGCUGCAGAUCUGGGACACAGCCGGCCAGGAGCGAUUCCGCACCAUCACCCAGAGCUACUACCGCAGUGCCAACGGGGCCAUCCUUGCGUAUGACAUCACCAAGCGGAGCUCCUUCCUGUCGGUGCCUCACUGGAUCGAGGACGUGAGGAAGUAUGCGGGAUCCAACAUCGUGCAGCUGCUGAUCGGAAACAAGUCGGACCUCAGUGAGCUCCGGGAGGUGCCCCUGACUGAGGCGCAGAGCCUCGUAGAGCACUACGACAUCCUGUGUGCCAUCGAGACGUCUGCCAAGGACUCGAGCAACGUGGAGGAGGCCUUUGUGAGGGUGGCCACAGAGCUGGUCAUGAGGCACGGGGGUCCCCUGCUCAGUGAGAAAGGCACUGACCACAUCCAGCUGGACAGCAAGGACAUCGGAGAGAGCUGGGGCUGUGGGUGCUGACCGGGGUGCAGAGCAGGCAGGCAGGGGCCUCCCCACCACCUCUCUGUCUCUGGCCUGCCAAGCCCAGCCCUCCAGAGCUGGCCCUCCAGGACACCAGCCAUUCUAGGGCAGCUGGAUAAAAUCCUGGAAUUUUCCAUCCCAUGGCCUGGAUGCUUGAUGGGAAAGCUACUAUCAAGGAAGGCGGAAGCAGGGUACCUCGUGCAGGAGGCCUGUUGGUGCAGGGCAGGGUGUGGGGCCCCUCCUGCCAGCCAGCGGCUGUCCCCUCCACGUCCUUACAUUCCAGGACUGGCCUGAGCCCGCUGGUAUGGACCGCAGCGGGAGAGGGGCCCGGAGUGUGUCUGCCCUGCUCCAACCGUCCUGGUUUUGACUAUUUCACCCCCGGAGUCUGCUGCAGCUGUGGCAGCAGGUUGCUGCUUUCCAGGGGUGUGGCUGGUGCCCGGGGCUCUUCUGGGUCAUUCCAGGCCUUUGUAACUGUAGAGAGCAAGAGCAACCAGCCCAUGAGACUCGGUUCCUAAGCACGGCUCCAGGGAGGCCCUGACGCCUUCCAGGCGGGGAGCCUGCCUGCCUUCACUGCCAGCUCUGAGCUCACAGAUACCUUGGGGCCCAGCUAGCUGCCUUAGCAAGACCUCUCAAGUUUUCUGGUUUUCAUGUAGUUUCUUGUUUUCACCAGCACAAGUGUGGGGUCAUGGCUCAUGACCAAGUGCGGACCGUCUGCUGGCUUGAGGCCCAAAGUUUUGCCACUCAGGUUGCAAAACUAGCUAAUUCUUCAGCACUGGCUCUAAGAAGUUUGGGGGAGGGGAAUGAGAUGGCAACGGGACCAUUUCAGGGGGGACGUAAAAGCUUGUGCCCCUGCGGUGCAGGGCCAAGAGGCUCCGUCAGGGCACCCGCUCUCAUACCCCAUCCAGAAACCCUUCCUGCUGUGUUCAGAGUAUCAACUCCCCCCUUUCAGGGCUUAGAGAGCUUCCCAAGCAAAAACGGUGAAGCCUGGCAGUCCUGGUCUGGCCAUUUCAUCGCCCUGUGCCCACCAGCCCAAACAGCCUCAAUGUGCUGGGUGCUGAGGUCAGAAGGCAGGCAGGGGCCUGGGUUUCUGGGGCUCUUGGAAGCAGCCCUGUCCUCUGGAGUACAGCUCAGAGGGCCACAGGGUCGAUCUUCCCAAGCCAACGCCAUCCUCCAUGUCAGCCCACUCCAGCCCCUUGGGGGGGCCACAAGAUAUAAACUGCUCUCGGGCUGUGGGCAAGGUCUCAUUUUGGGGAGGCAGCCCAGAGCCCAGGCUGCACUCUGGGCCGGCCAAGCAACAGCCCCAGCUGACUUCCCUUGCUUCAACCCCACACACGAUGGUCUGUGUUGCCCCCUCCCAGGCAGGCCUGGCUGCAGAGCAAGAAGCCAGAGCUUUGCAGCCCUGUAUAGAGGUGAUGCGGGGCUGGGCAGGACAGGAUUCCCUGGCGGAGGUGAGAGAGCAGGGUGGCAGCCAUGGGACUGACAAGCCUGGUCCGCAGGGGAAGGAUGGUGGCCUGGCGGGGCCAGGAGCUGCUGAGCAGGGGUCCACACUCCUGGGAAUCAGCCCACUGUUGGCUGGGGCGGGACGGGAGCUGGGAGCAUGAGGGCUGCUUGGCGUCCUUCCUCAGCAGCCUCGCUAAUAGGAUGGCGCUGAGAGGGACCUGGGGCUCUCCCUGUCUUGUCCCUCCACUGCAGUGCCUGGCUUCCUCCUGCCAAGUAGCAAGUGCCCAUCACUGAGAGGUUCCCUAAAGGGGUGCCUUGUUCAGGCCCAGGUCAAGUCUUCCAGCCCCAUGCCCUCUCUGCCAAGGGGCUGAUAAUUUGAGCAGAUCUGGGCAGUUAAGCAAGGCCCAGGUGGGAAGAGAAGGCUCAUGAAGCCUGGCCUUGCAGAGACCUGCUGCUUUGGAGAAGGGGAGACGUGAGGGGUCUCAGAGCGGAGGCUGGGGCCUGUACCCUAUGACUGGCCCCAGUCCCCACUGAGCACAGGUGCAAGCCUCCUUUGCCCCUUGCUGGCCUGCCCUGCCUCAGGGCUGGGGAAGGCCCUGGGCUGCUGGGAGGAUCUGGGGUGGGCACAGGAACGGGGAGGUGGGGUGGGGGGGUAGGAUGGUGAUGGGCUCGGAGGUCACCUUGGACUGAGCCCUGUACCUCCUGACCCCGGGGCCGGAGGCAGCACAGGCUUGGCUCGGAAGGGGGAAGAGAGUAGCCGGCCUACCUCAGAUGGGGGUGGGGGAGGUUUCCUCUCCCCAGGGCCUCGUUCUCUGCACCUCUUGCUACCCCCUCCAGGCAGCUCACUCCAGGAGUUUGGCCUAGAUGUCGGGGGGCCACCUUGGGCACCUUGCCUUCUCUCCCCAUCCCACCACAGAGCCCUCUGCGCCUCUGGUUCAGACAGGCCUCAUCCUCCCACCUGGACACCUCACCGCCCUCCUCGGACCUUGGACUCCCAGCUGCCAUCACUCCAAGCCACCCUCCUGGGGCUGUCAGCCUGGCAGAUGUGAAAGGUCACUCCUGGUCCCCUCCCCUGCAAGCUGUCUGGGGUGCCCUGGGACCCUCUGUAUGUGGUCCAUACUCCAGCAAUGUCCAGAGCCCCCACAGCUGUGCCCCAGCUUCUCUCCAGCACCUUCUUGUCUCCCAGGAGCACCCUCUGUCCAGGCUGGCCUCUUGCCCUUCUGGACUCACCACUCUGCCCUCUUAUUCAUGACUUUUAGAAUCCCACGUGUGGCCCAGCUGGACACCUCUGAGAACGGGCACCACCCUGAGCCAGGCUCUUGCUCAUAGUACCCUCUGGCAGGAAUGGCUCCCCCACCGUCCAGGCCCGGCUUGGCCUGCGAGGUCCACCCUUCCCUCCCCCCACCAACCUUCCCGGGCUGAAGCCACUACAGGUUCCAUCAGAGAUGCUUCCUGGGCCCUCCAUCUCAGACACACAUGCUGAUGCUCAGGCCUGGCCCUGGAUAUAAUGAUAGCCGCAUGCUGCAUGGGGGCCUCACUACCUCUCUGGGCCUUAGUGAGGCUCUGACAUGGGUCUGAGAAAAUGGGGAAGUAGGUGAGACAAAACAAGACCCACCCCUGUUUCCUCUUCAGCAGCCCAGGGCCUCUGGGGUAAAAGAACAGUUUAAUCUCUUCCUUUGUUUAUAAAUUACCCAAGAACAGAGCAGGUGAGGCAGUGGCUAGAGUACAGAAGAGGGGGCAGGGGACUGGGGCCAGAUGGAGGGCCAGGAAGUGUCCUGGCAGCCACCAAGCUGGAGGAGGGCCAUCUGUGACCUGGGUGGGGCUGGUGGGGCCUGGUCUAGAGGGAGAACAAGAGGCUGGUGUUUAAUACAAGCGCAGUGGGUCAGGCAAGGGACAUUGAUCUGGACUCCUAAGCCAGACAGAUGGAUCCCCUGUCCUCCCAGCGGAGGGUUUAGGCCCCAAGGACACAGAUCCCAGCAGGCAUGGUGCUGGAGGAAGCUCCUAAUUCAUAUUGAAUUCAGUUACUCUUUCCCAGGAGGCCGUGCCCUCGGACCAUCUGAGCCCUGCCAGCCUGGGCAACUGGGAGGUGGGGAAGAACUCAGUCAGCCCAAGGAUGCCAUUUGCAUUUGGGAAUUUUUCACGAUACCUAUUUAUGAUAUAUGAAUCUUUAUAGCAAAUCUAUUUUUUAAAACAUGGAAAAGUUGCCUUUAUGGAAACUCAGCAGAGCCAGAGUAUACACAUUCCGAAACCAUUAAACAGAUUUUUGUGACAAGCCAA